AUGAGGAAGUACUUGUCUAUCCUUGUGCUCUGUGGUGUCAUAAAAAUGCCGCAGUUCAGAAUGUUCUGGCAGGGUGGGACAAGAUAUGCCCCUGUUGCAGACCUGAUGAGCCGGAACAGGUUUGAGGAGAUACAUCGCUUUUUACACAUGAACAACAACAUGGAGCAGAAACCAAAAGGAAGCGAGGGACAUGACAAGCUCUUCAAAGUCCGUCCCAUUAUAGACGCGCUCCGACAGAACCUAAGACUGGUGCCACCAGAAGAAAAACAAAGCAUCGAUGAGCAAAUCAUACCAUUCAAGGGCCGCAGCCAGAUGAAGCAGUACAUCAAAGCGAAGCCACACAAAUGGGGCUUCAAGGUGUUCACGAGGGCCAGCUCGUCGGGCAUAAUGCACGAUUUUGUCAUAUAUGAAGGUAAAGGCACUGCAACGGACCAUAGAUUAGGGAUAUCUGGAGAUGUCAUUCUUGAUCUUGUCAAGGACCUGCCACAAGGGAUAAACCACAAAGUCUUCUUCGACAACUGGUUUUCCAGUUUGCGUCUGUUUGAACAUCUUAAAAAAGAGGGCUACCUGUCAGUGGGAACUGUCAGGUCAGACCGAACUGAAAAAUGCCCCUUGGCUCUAGACUCCGAGCUAAAAAGUCAAGGUAGGGGUGCCGUAGGCUACAAACUAGAUGCUGAAAGUGGGGUUCAAGUCAUCAAGUGGCUCGACAAUGCAACUGUACAAUAUGCUCAUCGAGUUAUACCGUACCGACCACAAGUCACGAAAGUGGUACGUGAGGAUCUUCUACUGCACCAUUGA